AUGUACAGAAGCAGUCUAAGGCUUACUAAAAUAGAUACCUCAGCCAUUGACCACGGUUUACUCGUAUCAGCUGAGUCUAAGAUUUAUCUCUCUGGUAAAGUACCCCGUUACUAUGGACACAAAGUGUCAAAAUUAUCUCGUAUGUAUACCGUGUUAGAUGUUGCACAUUUGUUAUUUGUUGGAAAAAUUCCAGACACUGAUCAAUCUAUACAAUUUUCUUGCGAAUUCAGUACGAAUUUAUCUAGAUAUUAUAAACAAUUUGUCGAUGAAUACUGUCACAUAUACAAUUCUGGAUUGCAUCCAUCGAGUACUUUGGGCAUAGUAUUAAAAUUAGGCUCAAUUCAGUUGAUAAAUACAAAUAAUUUGUGGGAUCCAAUAUUACAUUAUGGAUUCUGCACUUCAAUAUUGUCAAAUUAUCGCAAGUAUCACAAUAAAGUUACACAUAAACAAGAUAAAAUACUUGAUACCCCUCAGUGUUAUAAUGAAAUAUUGUGUGAUUUAUUUGUUUCAGGUGGAAAUAUCAUUUCAGAGUUUCAGUUGAAGUUGCUACAUUCGUUACUAAUUGUUUAUGCGGAUCACGGAUUUUCUACUCCUACCUAUAUCUCACGACUUGCUAUAUCGGAACAAAAUAAUUUAACUACAUCGAUAGCAACUGCUGCUCUUUGUCAUGAAUCUCUAAACCCAAUGAUUGAAUAUCACGAAUUCUCUAGAUUUGUAAACGACAAUCCUGAUUUUAUUAAGGGAAUUCACGAUUUUGAUGUAAGCGAUAAUGGAUUACCCCGCUUGCUAAGUUCUUGUCAAUCAUCCUUCUUGGAUCCAAGGAAUUGCAUUUUAAUGCAAUUAUGGCAUAAUUCAAGGCUCAAAAGCUUGGUAGAGAAAUUGAUUGAAAAAUUAAAACCCAGGCACUACUUAAAGAGCGAUUUUAUCCUGCUUAUGAUUCUACAGGAUAUUUAUUCGCAACUAGGAAAUGAAGGCUUAAUAGACCUUCAUUUGUUUCAAACAUUUAUCACUCUAGCUAGGGUUCCUGGUUGGAUAAGCCAUUGUUUGGAACAAAGGAACGUUGGUAGGAGGAUUGAACAUGUCCAUGCCUAUGUUGGUCCUAUAGUUGAUGAUUAG